ACUCAUUUUCCUGUCUAUGUUUCUUUGUGACGUUGCCGUCUUGUUUGUUUGAAGGUUUUUAAAAGAUAAUUUCUAUAUGUUUAGAUUUUUCAAGUAAAUUUUGUAGAUUCUGAAAAUGACCCUAGAAUUUAAAGUGUUUACGCUAAACUGUUGGGGAUUAGCAAUUGUGUCAAAAAAUAGAAAAACUCGGAUAAAAGCAAUCGCAAAAUUUUUGUCUAAUAGUCACUAUGAUGUUGUGUGUCUUCAAGAACUUUGGCUUGAUUGUGAUUAUUUUUUGAUUAAGGAUGAGGUCGCAGGAAUACUUCCACAUUCCCAUUAUUUUUACAGUGGUGUUACUGGAUCUGGUGUUUGUAUAUUUUCCAAAUAUGUAAUUGAAGAGGUAUUCUUUCAUCAAUGGUCUUUGAACGGUUACAUUCACAAAUUACACCAUGGUGAUUGGUUUGGAGGAAAAGGCGUUGGACUUUGUAAAUUAACAGUGAACAAUCUUUCUGUAAAUAUAUAUUCAGCUCAUUUACAUGCAGAGUACAAUAGGAAAAGUGAUGAAUAUGAGGCUCAUCGUAUUUUACAGGCAUAUGAUACUGCUCAGUUUAUUUUGCUCACUUCACAGGGUGCAGAUUUAGUAGUGUUAGCUGGUGAUUUAAAUACUUUACCAGGUGAUAUUGCAUAUAGGUUGUUAACAUCAAUUCCUGGUCUUGUAGAUGCCUUUGACAGUGCCGAUGUUCCAAGAGAUCAUGUCGCAACAUGCGAAAGUCUUAGAAACAGUUACACUCCUGGUAGAUUGGUCAAAAAUAAAACACAAGGACAAAGGAUAGAUUACAUCAUGUUUCAUCCAGGCUCAAAACUUCAAGUAGAAAUGAAAAAUUAUAAAUUACCUCUACCAGAUCGUGUUCCCCUCCAUUCUUUCAGUUAUUCAGAUCAUGAAGGAGUAGAAGCAACUUUUGAAAUUAGCAAACAAGCUAUUUUAAAAUCUUCUAGAAAUGAAAACGAUGUUAAAAACGUACUGGAUGAAUGUGAGACAAUUUUGAACCGAGCUCUGAAUAACCUUGUAACUCAUAAGAUAAUAUAUAUAUUUUUUAGUAUUUUAUUACUGUUUGGUUUGAUAAUUACAUUUAUAAUUGAUGUUCCUGCUGGAUUUGUUGUAGUUUAUAAUAUUUUCAGAGUUAUCAUUGGUAUAUUGUUUGUUUUUAGUAUAUUGAUGGGAACUAUUUGGAAUAAAAUCGAAAAACAUGGAGUACUUGCCGUGAAAUUAGCUAUAGAAAAAUCACUUAAACGACCAACCGAAUUGUGACAUAUUGUUUGAUAUACUACUUGAUUUAUCAAAGGACCAAAUAAACUGACUAUAAAAUAAAAUAGACACAUUUGUUUAUCAAUACUUAUCUAUAAAGAAAUUGAGUAAUGGAAAGUUAAUACAUCCAAGGUCAUUAAUGUUGUGAUGAGUGUCCAAUUACAAAAUCAUUAGUUUGAAAUAGCAUGUGACGAAUAAAAUGGACAGUAAAAAAUCGCUGAAUUAAUUUAAUAAUAUUUUGAUAAUAUGCCUUUAUAAUUAAGAAUAUUUAAGUUGGGUCAAUUAUGGUUAACCUGCUGUUGGAAAACGGGUUCUAAAGUUUUUGAUAUAACUCUAGCAUUGAUUGAGUGAUUAAUUUUUCAUCUGCUUCUAGUAAAAACUAUUAGUCCGAUUUUAUUUUAUAGUUAGCUGAUAAAUAUAAGUUACCAAAUGUUGUCAUUUUUAAUCAAAAAUUAAAAAGAAACUAUUAGUAAAGAGAAUGUUUUAUGAUGGCACUUUUGUUACUUCUACUAAAAGGAACUGAUUGUUUUUGUGUAUAAUUUAUUUGUUGUAUUAAUACCUAUUUUUGAAAAUUAAAAUAUUUUACUUCCAAUUAUUAUAUUGACUUAAAAUUUGACACACCUUAUUUCCAAUGACAUACAUGAAUCAAAUAAGAAAUUGACAAAAACAGUUGGGUCAUUUAGUAAUAAUUCAAUAGAAAUAAAUAUUUUGUUUCAUGGUUACAAAAAAGCGUGACGAACUAUCUGGUCAUCAAUAUACAACCUCGAGUUCGUUGGAUGAGAUCUCGAAAAAAAAAAAGCAUUUUUCAAUUUUCUGUAAUUUUUUUUCUGUCCUUAGUUUAUUUUUAAAUAUUAAACAUUGAAAACUUUUAAAAGAAUCGUACAGUUUGGUGAAUUUCAUUCACAAUAUACAUUCAUGUAAUCUUUUUCAAUAUUUCGAUUCUAAUUUAAUCCGAUGACUUAUAGAUGAGUUUGACAUCUUUCAUUUCAAAUUUACUCCUAAUUUUUCUUAAAUUUCAAUAAUAUAAAACCAAAACUUGAGUCCUAGUAAAGUUUCUAAGUAAUGCAGCCUAAAGUUAAAACAGAGUUGAGAAACAAUCUAAAUCGUGACAAUAGUAUGAGAUAUUGGCGGUACAACACAAUGAUACCACUUUUUGAUGAUUCUCUUUAGAACUUAUAAAUUUCUAAACUAUCGAAUAACAAAAUUACAGUAAUACAAUUUUUUUUAUUAAUUUGUACCUAUCUUUGUUCUUAUCAGUUUUUGAUUGCCCUGUAGCUUAACUAGGAUUCAAGUUUAGGCUUUAUUAUCUAAAGUUUAAUUCACAUUCAAUUGUUUUUGAAAGUUUUAUUAAUAUAUUAUUUACUUUGUAGUAUAAAUUUAAGUAAAGUGUUUAUCGAUUAUUAUAUUAUGAGAUGUGAAUUCAAAUAAAAAUGUUGCUACUUAACAAAAGUCAUGAUGGUUAGGUUAGAUUUCAUCAACUUUGAGUAAAACCCAAAUGCAUUUAUUAUAACCCUCAAUAAUCAUCAACUUAUGUUAUUACCGACAAUUUUAUUUUAUAUUUUAAACUUUUUAAGCACAAAAAUUGUUAUUUUAUACUUUUCUUGCCCUUAUUUGAUAAAAUUUUAAACAGUAAGUAUGGUCAAGGGAACCAAGAAAUUUAAUAAUCAAUAAUUGAAAUAACUUACACAUAUGAUAGAUACUAUUUUGUUGCAAAAACUUUAAUAAUUAUUUCAAGGUUGAUUCUAAUAUUCUAGUAUUGUAUUCGAAGGCAUAUGUAUGGACGUAUAUGCUAACCCAUAUAACAUACCAACUUGACUUUUUUUGGCUGUAAUUAUUUUUUAGCUAUAAUUUAUUUAUUUUCAAAUGUAAUAUCUCAUUCAUAUAGAUUUCCGUUCAAUUCAAAGCAAUGUCAGCCCAUUAACCAGUGCUCAAUUUUCCUUUAAAGUUUUACUAAACACUUGUAUGUAUGUAUGUAGAUAGUGGGGUAUCAUAUACAUUGGGACCCAAAGGAUCUUUUGUGUCCCCCUUUCUUGCUACGAUACUCGAGAGCCCACUGUUUACAGCUGAUCUGUUAAUUCCACUUCUUUUAGAAAGUUUAGAAUAUGGGAUGGCUGUAGAGAUCUUUGUCUUUUAUUUCUUACGCUCUCAGGUCUGGGGCUCUGGAGUUUUUUAGUGUUUCACACUUUGAGAGAAUGUCCUAUGUGUACAAAAUACAUAUUAUCAUACUAUAUAUUUAUUAGUCACUAACAUUAUAUAUACUUACUAGAAGUCGUUAGUCUUCUUUAUUCUAGUGAUUGACACUUUGCUUGCCAACUACUUCCAGAAGUUCCAUUUAUUAACUUAUUAUUAUUUAUAUUCCAGAGUGUAAAGUUUUGGUGGAAACAUAAUUUUUCACUUGAUUAUAUAAUACCUAUUAUCUAGUCUUUUUCAAUUUGAUCUUGUAAGUUUUUUGGAUUUUUUUAAUAUAUAUUAUACAAUAAGGAUGAUGUGGAAAACUUUGCUAAAUGAAUAAUUUCAUAUUUUACUACUGACUCAAUGAAUCAAAAUAAAUUUUUACUAUCCAUUUUUUAUAGGGUUUUUAUUGACUUAUUGAGAAUUUAAAAAAAUUGUAAAAAAUCAGAAUUUCAAUAAAUUAUGGCUGGUAAAGUGGGGUCUACAAACCACUUCAAAAAAAGUAGUUCCGAGAAAAAUGUUCCACUCUACCGGCUUAGUCUCUACGUCACAAAAUCUGCUGUAUCUCCAGAAAUAAUGUGAAUUUUUUAAAAUCCGUUUAAGAACAUAUUCUUAAGGUUAAAGCUUUGAAAAUAUACAAGAAAAAAAAUAGACUUUUUUAAAUCUCUAGAUAAAAAUACCCACUUAACUAUUUCAAAUUGAUGUAAACCGAAGAUUAUCAAAUCUUAUAAAUCUCGUGUUUUGUAUUAUUGCAAUAUGCAUAAUUUGAACUAUGCAUUUUUUAUUACAAACAGUAGUUUGUUUUCACCAAACGAAUCCAUAAUUGAAAACCAUCUAGUACAGUCAGUUUUUGUUUGAUGUAACAGCUGAAUGAUUCAGUGUCAGAGCAAAUUUUUCUUGUUUUUCAUUUUGGGUUUGGAAAAAAGUGGUUUCAUAUAGAGAUUUCUUAAACCUAUGACGAUUAAUUAACCGUGACAAUUCAUUACAAUUCUUUUAUCAUAACUUGUCAUCUUAUGUUGGAUUCAAUGAAAAGAAUCAGCCGGAAUAUACCUGCACGUAGCAGUGUUUUUCCUAAAUACAUCAAAUUCUAGCCGCCAGACAGUGUAAUUGUGAAUAUUGGUGUAGUGGUAGUGUAAACAAUGUGUUCAGUAUAAAUAUCACCAAUGGUUCCAAAAGUUGAAUGGUUGAAUAAGUUACAUUACAAUUAAUUUAAUCUGGAUGGUAAUUUAGCAUUCGUUUCCCGAAAAAGUAGCAUACAUGCAGAGCAUGACGGCGUAAACCGUGUUCUCAUCGAGCCUAUUAGUACGGAAUAAAUUGAAUUUUCAUUGGAAUACUUAAAACUAGAAAGUUUUAUUACAUUAAUGUACUUCUGAAUUUAAUAUUGUGACAUCUGUGCAUAUUUCUGCUGAUAAAUUCAAACUAAAAUUAAAUUUAAUAAUUAUGAAAAAUAGUAUUUAAAAAUAGGAGUUUUUUAUUGAAAUUGAACCAUAAAUAUGUGCCCUUGAAAAACCUUGGUAUAAAUUAAUUAAAAGGAACUCCUCAAUUCCUCAGUAGCUACAUUCAUUAUUAGUUUCUAGCUUUUCGAUAAUAUUUUCUUUAUUUGUUUCAUUAGAAAUUUAUAUUUAUAACACUGUUAAAAUUAAGUUGAAAAUUUAAGGUUUUUAUUAAUUCCAUUCAUUGCUGCCAAUAAAAAUUAAGAGUAUUAUUGGUCAGAUAAACAAUACUUAAUGUUUCCGUAUUAGUUACUUGAUAAAAUGUACUUAAUAUGACAUAUUUUUAUUUAAUUUAACUUAUAAGUAAAAGAAUGAAGCAUAAUAUUGUCAGUCUUCCAAAUAAAUAUCAGUAAUUGUAUUGUUUAAUGUCUUUGAAAACUUGUAUGUUGUAGAAGUGAUCAUGCUGAUUAAUAUACCGAUAUCUUUCCAUGCAAUAUUUCUUAGAACCGUUUAUCCAGUCUUUUUUUACACUUGACAAAUAUAUGUUAUUUGUAUGAUAUAUUUUCAUAUAGAUUUGGAGCAAUUCAUUAGUCACAAAAGUGAAGUCAGAAUGAAUUCACAGUAGAAAUUUUUCGAGCUUAUUAACAAUCGAAUGCAAUUAUUAACCUAACCUAACUCUGAUGACUUUAUGUUCAAUUAGAAAAUCAAUAUUUGCAUAUAUUUGACAAAUGUAAACAAACAAAGAUUCCUUAGAUAGUGAUGUCAUCUUAAUUGGAUAAACCGUUUCUGAGAAAUAUUGCAUGGAAAGGAAUCAGUAUAUUGAUUGAAUUUUUAAUAUAAAAAAAACUAUGUGAAGAUAUGAUUUCCGCGCCCCAUAUAUGCAUAUCAAAUUAAUCAACAUGAUCACCUCUACAACUCACUAAAUUUUUAUGCUAUCGAAGCUGUGAGGAUUAAACGAUACAAAUACCUAAAUAUCAAUAUUUUUGAAAAUUGUAAUAAAUAUACGUACAACUAAAAAUGUAAUGCGUUUUUUUUUUAAUUUUUACUUUACAUUUUAAACCUCCCCCACAAAUUUACUGGAUUCAAAUAAUUAUUGAAAACAUUUUUUAUGACCCACCAUUGAUUUAGUUUAUAAAAUUGGAAAAAAAAUCAAAAUCUAUCCAUAUAUUUUUGUCACAGCAUAUAUUUUGUUAGUUAAUACAUAUUCUUCGAAAAUAGAAGAAAUUGAUCAAUCUAAUAACAUAAUAAUAUAUGAUGAAUAUUAUUACCUAUUAAAGACACUCUAUUACUAUAAUCCAAACACUAUCAUACUUUUUAACAGACAUUUUGAGAAUUUGAAAAAGUUUUAAUAUUACAAUAAAUUAACUCAAUUUGUUGGCUAUUCUAAUUUCCCAUUAACAAUGUUGCAGCUGUAAAAUUCACAAGGAAUAUGUACAGGACCUUACUACUUGUAGUCUAUGAUAAUUUUUUCAAACGCCCAGUCUAUAAUUAUUAUAAUUUUAUAUCAACAAUUUCAUAAAAAGUGUAAUUAUUAUUGUUACUUUAUUCAAUAUUUCUGUUCGAUAUUUUCUAAUAAAUUCAUUUACUAAAACUUUGAGUGUUUUAUUUAGUUAUCUAAUAUGAAUGGUGCAAUUACCUCUGAGCAGAAAUUCACAUUGUAUUGAAAAUACAAAAUUUUAACUCAUCCUACUCUAUUUUUUUUUUAUCAAAUAUAUUAUCAUACAGUACGAAAUCGGAACAAAAUCCAAAAUAUUUUUUAUAAUACGAUCCGCCGAGUUCGUAACAAUCUGUAAUUAAAAUUUUUCUGUCUCAGUGUUAAAUUAUUUCCAGAGAAAGGUUUCAGAAAGUAUGGUUUCAAAGAAAAUGCGUCAUCUCCAACUAUGAAUGUUCCUUCUGGAAGAAUAGCAUUUUCCAGAUUAGUAAACAUUUUAGUAGAAUUGCGAAAAACUCCACCAUCAGAUAUUCUUCUAUUGCAGCCAACAUCGAUUUAUUUGAAACAGUAAUUAUGAUCUACAAUGGCCAUGAGCACAAUACUAUUGGUUACUUGGUAAUUGUAAUACAAGCUUCCAGCGUCAGCCGGUGCCUUUAAAACUAUAUGCUUCCCAUCAAUUGCACCACAAAACUCUGGAAUAUUCUACCGAUCGCGAAAUCCCUUUUCGACUACUUUCCAUUCGUCUCUGUCUCGUGGUGUCUGUGAAAAUAAACAUAAUAAAUAAUAGUAGAACCAUUAUUAAUACAGUGGACUCCCGGUAAUCCAGAUGUAAUUCGACAUGCCUAUCACUGUUGAAUAUAGAAACACAAACAUUAUUUUUAUAAUAAAACGUAGAACGGGAAAAAUGUAUUCGUUUAUUUUUAUUUUCACAUAUGAAGUCGCUGGCUCUACUUGUUAUGUACAUAUGUAUUUUGAUUUGUAAUUUGUCGGAUUACUAGGUACUCUUUUUCAAAAAAUUCGACUAUAGAGGGUCUUAGACAGUACUCUUAAAUUCGACUAUAGAGGGUCUUAGACAGUACUCUUUAAUCCGAAAGUCCGAGACCUUUGUGGAGGCUGGAAUAGCAUAUCCCAUGAUAGUAUCAUUCUUUUGAAUAUAUAAUUUGAUUGUCUAACAAAAUAUCAAAUGACUCCUCGGAUAUCCUGAAGGCAUGAAAUUAUUCUCUUGAAUGUUCUAAAGCCAGUUCUUUAAUAGGCAUCUGGUGGUUCCAAUAUCAUUUCUUCUACUAAUCCAUUUUCUUACCCAUAUACGUUUGGGCUUUUGUAUUUCUUCCAAACAUAUACUGCUAGUUUCGUUAGUAAUAAGUUUUAAUAUUGAUCGAAAAAUAUUUUUGUUUGUAACUUGUCGUUUUGGUUAAUUUUAAAAUUUUUGAAAACUUACUACUGAGACUCGACUUGCUGCUAAUCGAUUUCAACUAAACACUGGUCCGUGUAAACGAUCGUUUUGGCUCGAUUUGAUUGAGCAAACUCUACUAAUUAACUUCACUUGUGUGGACAGUAAACAAACUCGACUAAAUUACUUUACACUACUAAAUCACUAGC